GCAUCCGUCUUCCUUUUCACCCGACAAUCUUGCUCCUUUUGUCUAUACUUCUGACAUUCUCGGUUACUCUUGUCUUUGUCUCUUGUGUUAUAUUCCACUCGAAUCUCUUGGUGUACUGCUGCUGUACAGAGUAUAGGGGUUCCACAUAAGGUCAUUUUCGUAGUCUUCUUCGCACUUCUAUCAUUGCUCCUUUCCUGUUUCUCUCUCCUCUCUAUUCUUCUGUCUUUCUUCUUUCUUUCUAUCUCUUCUUGCACAUUUUCAGUUUUCGGUAUGAGUUCUGGAAUCCCACCAUGGCGCACAACAGCGUCAGCAACGACGACUGCCACGACUCCCUUCUCCGGACAUGGACAUGCGACACCUGCUUAUAUCCCAGUUCAAGCCCGCCGUAGCCUUGCUCAACCCAAACCCACUCCAUCGCAAUCGACCUCGGAAGCUCCACGGAAACGAGUAGCUUGGCCCGCCCCUCUUCGGUCGUAUGUACAACGAUGCUUCGUACCUGAACAUCAGAUUCCCAGCGUCACCAGACAAGAGAUGGAGGCCAAGUUGAAAUCGAUUAUUACCGAGGCCGCAGAGGGUGACAAGCUUGACACGAUCAAUUGGGAUACCCUGCCCCUACCGCAGGUCAUGGUACAGAACGAGCGGAAUAGAAUCUUGGCCAACCCCAGCGUGUCAGCUUGGGGUGAGGAGGCCUCGCGAAAGCGAAAGUCUACGGAGUACACGCCUGCGGAUACGAAGAAUGAUAUAUCUCCUCCAUGGAGACAGACUAACAGUGACCAGAAGUUUGAAGAUCGAGUGACUUACAGCCCCACAGACAAACGACAGCGGACAGAUUACAAGAACCCAAGUAAGUCGAAAGCUAAUCUUGAGUUGCGGCGGAAACGGUUUGAAGAACCCCGAUCCCGAUACGGGUCGUCGCCGUCGUCCCCACGUGGCGAAUCGCCCGUUGUUAGUGUCCACCAAGGCCCCAUUGUCGGACGGUGCCAGGAUUUGGAGAAGAACUACUUCCGAUUGACAUCUGCACCGAACCCGGACACUGUGCGACCACUCCCGGUGCUGCAGAAGACGCUGGACCUGCUGAAGAAAAAAUGGAAACGGGACAAUAACUAUGGCUACAUCUGCGACCAGUUCAAAUCAUUACGACAGGACUUGACAGUGCAGCGCAUCAAGAAUGAGUUUACAGUGAACGUGUACGAAAUCCAUGCGCGGAUUGCUCUGGAGAAAGGAGAUCUUGGUGAGUAUAAUCAGUGCCAGACCCAGUUGCGCGCGUUGUAUACACAGCAACCUGGCGGACACCCAACGGAGUUCAAGGCAUAUCGCAUUCUGUAUUUCAUCCACACGCGCAACUGGACGGCGAUGAAUGAUGCGUUAGCGGACUUGAGGGCGGCCGACAAGCGGGAUCCGGCCGUGAAGCAUGCCCUGGACGUCCGAUCGGCGUUGGCCUUGGGGAACUACCAUCGGUUUUUCCAGCUGUAUUUGGACACUCCGAACAUGGGAGCCUAUCUGAUGGACAUGUUUGUGGACCGCGAACGCCUGUCGGCCUUGACGGCAAUUUGUAAAGCGUAUAAACCCGAUGUGAAUAUUCGGUUCAUCACUGAAGAGUUAGGAUUCGAGUCGGACGAGCAGAGCGCCCGAUUUGUGCUGGAGCACACGUCGGGGGAGCUACUACAGGAGAAAGACGGGGCUGUGAAGCUGCUAACGGGCGGCCUAGCUACGCAGAUGUUUGAAGCGUCCAAAAAUGAGGCGCAUCGGGUGGUUGACAUCAAGGGACAGAUAUAGUUUUUCUUUUAUGAUGAUCGAGACAUGGGAUAUGCAGCGGGAACGGGUUCGCGAUGAUGCAUCUACGGAGUUAUACCCUGGGGGGUUUUUUUUUCUUUUUUUUGCAAUAUGGAUCGGUGGCGAAUGUACAGAGUUAGGAUACGAGUACAAGUACAGUUAUCAAUAUAGACCGUUAGUUUUCUACACC